AAUGGUCGGGAUGAAGUCCUCAAUUUUUGGCAUGUCUUCAGUCACAAUGAUCUGUCUGAUCUCCUUUCUGGGACUUAAAGGUGUCCAGGCAGUGGUCACUGAGUGUUAUACCUGCACGGAUCGAGGAGAUGGAGGCUGCUCACCGGACAAAGCAGUGAAUGUUUCCUGCCCUCUGGACCAUGACAUGUGCCUGGAGACCAUCACAGCCAUAAAGACGAGUCAUGCCAACCAUGUUGUGCUGAAGAAAGGCUGUGGCUAUGGUGUUCCCACCAUGCUGAAACAAAGCAUAAUAUCCUAUGGAAUAUCUAUAUAUAUGCAGCUUAACCAAUGCAACACCAGCUUGUGCAACACCAACAUGGACCUGAAACACUACCAACUGGCCCCUGAUGAUAAUGUAACUCAUGUACCCAACGAUGAGCAAUGCUACAGCUGUGUAGGAACGCCUGAUGCAGAGUGCUCGCCAUCCAACGCUCCCGUCAUGCAAUGCUACGACACCUACAGCCACUGCUUUGACGGGAAUAUCACCAUAUCUAUUGGUAACGACACAACAGCCAUACCUGUCAAGAGCUGCUCCAUGAGACACCGAUGCAGUAGUCACAGUCUAACCUAUGGUAGCGCCACCGUCCAGAUAAAAGGAGCCUGUUGUUCAGAAGGCCUCUGCAACAGCGACCUGUCCAACAAAACAGAACAGGAGAACCUGCCAUAUCUUGUUCUGCUAAAUCAUCAUAAUGAGGAACCGCAAGCCACAGUGGCUCCACCGCAGUGGAUAAACGUAACAGCAGAGACAAAUGUGACUCCCACAAGCAGCUCCAUCGCAAGCAAUGAAGGUGGUUCAAAAUCCAAGUCUAUGCCUCAGGAUAGUGAAGGCAACGCGGCUAAUGGACUCUCCUUUUCGCUUUGGCUUUUUCUUACUCUGAUUAUGCUUUCUUGA